CUACUGCACGUCCCACGGCUGGGUGGCUGCACUUUGUUCUCGAGCCCUGUUUAUUGGACCACGUUUUUUGGGCAGCGACCCCGAAAUCCCAUCCGCCUUGAUUUCGUUUCCAUCCUCUGGUGUUUCCCAAAAUCCGUCUCCAACUGCGCCGUGUUGGCUACAUUUCUUUUUGGUUGCCCUUCCAUUGGGGGUAGUGGGUGAAGAUGAGGCCGCGAAUCCUGCACUACUUUGUCCUCUGCACCCUGCUCCUGUUGGUCGCAGCCUGGACGAAGGAGGACUAUGAGAUAUUCAGACUAAAGGACGAGGUUGAGGCCGCAGAGGGUCCCAACGUGUCCUUCUACGAUUUUCUAGGUGUCAAGCCCUCCGCAACUGUCGAUGAAAUUGGUAAAGCCUUUCGGAAGAAAUCGCGUGCUCUGCACCCAGACAAAGCCAAACAUUCCUUCGUCGCUUCGAAGUCCAUGCCAACCCCCAAAAAGCCAGGCGAAAAAAAGAAAUCCGGCGUCCAUGUUUCCAAGGGGCCUUCAGAAAGAGAAAUUCAACGCUUCCUCAAACAAGCUGGGGAAAGAUACAGCCGGUUGGGUGUGGUCACGAACGUCCUGAAGGGACCGGAAAGAGAAAGAUAUGAUUUCUUCUUGAAGCAUGGUUUCCCAGCAUGGCGAGGGACUGGCUACUACUAUUCAAGAUACCGACCUGGAUUUGGGACUGUGUUGGUAGGGUUGUUCCUGGUGUGUGGUGGAGGUGCCCAUUACUUUGUCUUGGUCACAAGCUACAAGCGACAACGCGAAUUCAUGGAAAGAUACAUCAGGCAUGCUAGAAAGACUGCCUGGGGAGAUGAAUCCGGUAUACGAGGAAUCGCUGGCCUUGGCCAACCAGCAGAUGUUCCUGCACCGGUUGAGGAAACCGACUCAAUGGCAAACCUGAACCGACGACAAAAGCGAGAAAUGGAACGACAAAACAAAAAGGACAAAACAGGCAAGAGCAAGCCAGCACCGAAGGCUGCUCCUGUUCAAUCAUCGCCGACCGGUGAUAGACGACGGGUCACCGCCGAGAACGGGAAAAUUCUGGUGGUUGACUCUCUUGGAAAUGUGUUCCUGGAAGAAAAGGAUGAUGAUGGAGAGGUCCAAGAAUUUCUCCUCGACUUGGACGAAAUACACAAGCCAACUAUCUGGGACACAGCAGUUGUCCGUCUACCAGUGUGGCUGUACAGAAAAGCAUUUGAUCCCUUCCUCAAGAAUACUGAGCCAAUACCGAUGAAUGAGGCCACCCCGUCAGAAGUCGAUCAGCUCGUCGAGAAGGUGUCCGAAAGCAUCCACAGUGCCGUCACAGAGAAGUUGCCGACGCCCGACAUGAGUUCCAGCCAGAUAUCUGACUCUGGCUUUGAGAUUGUCGAUUCUUCGGGAAUCGAGAACGAGAUUGAGAAGGCAUCUGCUGCAGCCGGAGUUAAAAAGAGAGGCAAAAGGGGGAAGAAAUGAGCCGAUAGACCAUCACAGUCCUGAGCGACCGGACGCAGAUAGCUUCCAUAGAGAGAGCGAAUGAACGAAAUCAGAAACCC